AUGAUCGCCUCUGACAAUGCCCCGGCCGAUGUGGCUUACCCAAAGGGCAUCAAGUUUGCCAUCUUAAUGAUUUCACUCUAUAUCAGCAUGUUCCUGGUUGCCUUAGACAAACUCAUCAUCUCGACUGCUAUUCCCGCCAUCACGAACGAGUUCCAUGCUGCUAGUGACAUUGGUUGGUACGGCACAGCUUACCUUCUUACCAACUGUGCCUUCUUGUUAGUAUUUGGCAAACUAUACACCAUCUUGGAUAUCAAGACGACCUUUAUGACUGCCAUGGUACUCUUUGAGAUUGGCUCAGCUAUUUGUGGUGCUGCCCCUAACUCGAUUGCGUUCAUCAUUGGAAGAGCUGUCGCAGGUCUAGGUGGUGCUGGUACGCAGUCUGGUAUCCUCGUCAUCAUUGUCUAUGCUGUCCCUCUUGAGAAGCGACCUCAGUACCAGGGUCUCUUCGGUGCAGUCUUUGGAAUCGCUUCGGCUAUUGGACCUGUUAUCGGAGGUGUCUUCACAACUCAUGUCACUUGGAGAUGGUGCUUCUACAUUAAUCUCCCCCUUGGCGCCGCUGUCUUGACUUUUGUCUUCCUGUUUCUCCGAGUUCCUCGUCCAUCGACCGACAAGACCGGUCUCAUGUACAAGUUUCAGCAGCUAAACGUUCUCGGCUUGAUUGCUCUCAUCCCUGGUGUCGUUUGCCUCUGCCUGGCUCUCCAAUGGGGCGGCUUCGAGUAUAGUUGGAACAAUGCCCGUAUUAUUGCUUUGCUCGUGGUUGCUUUCACUCUCUUCAUUGCCUUUGUCCUCAUCCAGAUCUGGAAGCCCGAGCAAGCAACUGUCCCUCCCCACAUCUUCGCUAAUCGCAGCAUUUUCGGUGGCUUUUGGGUCAUCAACGGAGAUUCUGCCAUGAACAGUGGUAUCCAUCUCUUGGCCAUGGUACUCGCUCUUGUUGUUGGCUCCAUCAUCAGCGGUGUUCUCACCUCUCGUAUUGGAUAUUAUAUGCCGUUCCUCAUUGCCGGAAUCUGCAUCUCCUCCAUCGGCGCUGGCCUUUUUACUAUCCUUGGCACCAAUGCUUCAGAAGGCCAAUGGGUUGGAUAUCAGAUUGUAUAUGGUUUUGGUCUUGGUGCUUGUUCCCAGGCUCCCAACAUGGCUGCCCAGACUGUGCUCCCACGCAACCAGGUAUCGAUUGGUGCUUCACUCGUCAUAUUUGCCCAAACACUCUCUGGUGCCAUUUUCGUCUCUGUUGGCACCAACGUGCUCGAUGGAGAAUUGGUCAAGCGUCUUUCUGCCUUCACAAGCGUUACUCCCCAGCAGAUCGAGUCCGCUGGCUUAACAGGUCUUCUCAAGACUAUCCCUGAGAAGUUCCACAAGGAGACACUGACUGCCUAUAACGAUUCGCUGCAUGUUUGCUUCCGCGUCGCACUCAUCAUGGCUUGCCUGGCUAUUUUGGGGGCGUUGGCUAUGGAGUGGGCCAGCGUGAAGAAAGAGAAGAAAGAAGUAGUCGAGACAACAAAGGAGAGUGACAAUGAGGUAGAGGAGAAGUCGGUUGUUUGA